AUGUAUAACGUGGUACACAUUGAUGAGAAAUGGUUUUUUAUGACAAAAAACUCACAAACAUUUUAUUUGGCACCAAAUGAAGCACAUCCUUACCGGAAUUGUAAGUCCAAAAGGUACGAUACCAAAGUAAUGUUUGAGGUUGCAUUGUCCAGAGCAGUUUGUGGACCAGAUGGUGAAUGUCUAUUUGAUGGGAAGUUAGGAUGUUUCCCACUGACAGAAGUUAUUCCAGCAAAGCGAUCUAGCAUACAUAGAGUGGCUGGCACUUUGGAGACAAAACCAAUCAAGAAUAUUACACAAUCAGUGAUAAGGAAGUUAUUUAUUGAGCAAUUACUUCCCUCAAUCAAGGCAAAUUGGCCAAUUGAUGCAUGUGGAACCAUUUGGGUUCAACAAGAUAAUGCUACACCACAUUUGCAACUACAUGACAUUAAAUUCAAAAACGCAGCAAACACAGAUGGUUUCAACAUACAUCUUAUAGCACAACCCCCAAACAGUCCGGACUUUAAUGUUCUCGACUUAGGGUUCUUUAAUGCAAUUCAAGCAAUUCAACACCAACAAGCCCCUAGAAAUGUAGACGAGCUAGUAAGUGUUGUCAAGUAUGCUUAUGAAAUUUUUGAGCCUCGUAAAGUUAAUCAUGUGUUUCUUAGCCUACAGAAUUGCAUGCUUGAGAUAAUGAUGGUGCAUGGUUCAAAUAAUAAUAUACAACCACAUCAUGAAAAGGAAAGGAUGGAAAGAGCAGGGAAUUUGCCAACUUACAUAGAAGUCCCAAUUCAGUUGCUAAAAGAAAAAAGAGCAGAGGCAGAAACAGAGCAGAUUCCAAGGGAAACUAAUAUCUCAAUUGGGCAGGACACGUCUAUGCAAGUUCAUGAAUUGGAAGGAAUGAUGCAGGACAUGCGCAUUUCAAGGAGGUGA